AUUAUAUGUAAUGUAUAUUAUUAUAUUAUAUUAUAAUAUAAUAUAAUAUAAUAGAGUAGUCAGCAUUUGAAAUGGACCUGAAGUUGUCCUAAAACCUUCUUAUUAGGACAACUUAGUUCUUAGAACAACUUUUCUUGUGUGUGUGUGUGUAUAGAAUAUAUAUAUAUAUAUAUAUACACACACACACAUAUACACACACAAAGUAUACAUAUAGUAUACAGACAUACUGUAGGUAAAUACAAACAGUACACUAAUGUUUAGGGAAGGAUGAAGGGGUUAACCAUACUGAAAUGAAUCCCGUUAACAGUAACGGUAAUGUUAUGGAUCGUAUUUAGGAAAACAGAACACACUGUAAGUGUAGUAAACAUAGUAAUCAAUGCAUAUGCGUUAAUAUUUGCCGAAAAAUGCUGUAAUAUAGUCGUUGCUGUAAAUGUAUUUUACAUUAUGGGAGCAGCCCCUCUUCCCUCCAAAAUUAAACACAAAAACUGAUUAAUGCUGUGUUUCCGCCACUCCCCAGAAAAAAAUGCUAUUAUAUGUAUGUAAUGUAAGUGUCAACGUAAUAAUCAAUGUAUAUUAUGCGUCAAUAUUUACCGAUAAUUGCUGCAAAUAUAGUUGCUGCUGUCUGUCCCGCUUAAAACCAUUCAAACUGGUUGACAGCGCGGAUUUGUUUGGAACUAUUGAGAGCUACAUGAACCACGUGACAGCGUGGCGGCGAGAUCAAAGAGUGUCGCAACUCUCAUAUUUAACGGCUCUGGUUUGAACCAUGUCUCCUCUGACGGAGUACAAUUGGCUAGGUGGCGCUGUCACAAAAAAAGGUCUUAGAAAUGCGGUCCUGAAACUACGUGCAUGCUCCCGUUCUGCAGGAUUGUACCAGUACAGGUAAGCAAUGCACUAUGCGCAUGCGCACAAAUGUCACGUCAGCCAGAUGCCGCUGCUAUGACAACGUCUAUACACACAAACACACACGCGCUACCAUUCGCAGUUUCAGAGAAGGGAGCACUUGUUUUGACAUUUUAAACGCAAAGUUAUUUUUACGCUUUAAAAAUCUCUUCAAAAUUCAGAGGUUUUUUUUCGACUGCAUAACAGAUAAUACUGUUAAAAAAUGUCCAUUCCUCACAAAGCUGGGACAGUGAAAUCUAAACAGGCACCUAAUGUUAACACCCAGCCAAAGGCACCUGUGGCAAAGGGUGUCAAAGCUGCUGGAAAGAAAAGGGAUGAGGAAGAAGCGACAGAUACAGCUGAAGGAGAAGAAUGGAUGCAGGGGAAGACUCUUGUGAAGCCUCCGGAUCAGCUGGACUUAACUGAGAAAGAGCUGAAUGAAGAGAUAACCAGAGUACUAACAGCAAACAAUCCAAAUGCUCCACAGAACGUUGUCAGAUACAGUUUCAAAGAGGGCUGCUAUAAACCCAUCGUCUUUGUAGAUCAGAUGGCUAUUCACUUUGAACUAGAAGGGAAUCUUGUGCACAAGGAAUCUGAUGAAGGUCGGAGAUUGAUGGCUAAACAAGCUGAAAGGAAAGAUGGCGCAGGAGAUGAGAAGCUAGACAAUUUGGCCAAAGCUGGAAAGAAAGCGCGGAAACUCACCAACCAGUUCAACUUCAACGAGAGAGCCUCUCAGACACUAAACAACCCCCCAAGAGAUAUAAGUUGUCAAACAGAGCCUCCUCCUCGUGCAAACUUCUCGGCAACAGCCAAUCAGUGGGAGAUCUAUGACUUUUACGUUGAGGAACUUAAGAGGCGGGAGAAAAGUAAAGAGAAGCAAGAAGGCCAGUUCCUAAAUAAGGAGGAGGACAAAAGCAAGAAGAAGAUGAUUCAAGCAGAGACUCAGAGUGAUGACAUAUCCCAACUAGCUCAUGCGGCCAAGAUCAUUGAGCGUAUGGUGAAUCAAAAUAUAUUUGAUGAGGUAGCACAAGAUUUCAUGUACUUUGAGGAUGCAGCUGAUGAAUUUCGAGGAGAGAAGGGCACUCUUCUCACACUGUGGAAAUUUCAGUACGAUAAAGCCAAAGGUCUGUCUGUUACUGCCCUCUGCUGGAAUCCUAAAUACAAUGAUUUAUUUGCUGUUGGUCUUGGGUCAUAUGAAUUUACCCAAGAGGAGCGUGGCAUGCUUCUCUUUUACACCCUGAAGAACUCCAGUUACCCAGAAUUCAGCUUCAACACAGCCUCAGGCGUAAUGUGCGUAGACAUCCAUGAACAACUGUCCUACCUGGUAGCUGUAGGUUUGCAUGAUGGCUGUGUUGCAGUGUACAACCUGAAGAAAAAGAGUGAUCAGCCCAUUUAUAACAGCACAGCCAGCUCCGGGAAACACAGAGGCGCUGUGAUGCAGGUGAAGUGGCAGAAAGAUGACUUGGACAGUAAUCACAACUUCAUUUCUGUGUCUGCUGAUGGACGAGUGGUGUCUUGGACUCUGGUAAAGCAUGAACUAGUCUUCACAGACAUCAUCAAACUCCCAGCCAUGGACAAAGUUCCUGAUGACCUUAAGGAUGUCAUUGCCACAGCUGGAACAUCUUUGGACUUUCAUAAACAAAAGGACUACCAUUUUCUUGUUGCCACUGAAGCUGGAAAGAUUCACAAGGGCUCCAAAUACUAUUCUAGCAAGUUUCUGGAGACGUAUGAUGCACACUUCAUGACUGUUAGUCGUGUGAGGUGGAAUCCCUUCCAUCCCAAUGUCUUCAUCUCCUGCGGCUGGGACUGGAUGGUGAAAAUUUGGGAUCACACAAUUGAGUCUCCCAUUUUUACCUUUGAACUGAAAACUUCAGUGACAGAUGUGGCCUGGGCUCCAUACUCCUCCACUGUCUUUGCUGCUGUCACCACUGAUGGAAAGGUUCAUGUAUUCGACCUCUCAAUCAACAAAUAUGAGGCUCUCUGCCAACAAAAAGUGGUGUCCAAGAAGACCAGGCUCUUGCACAUCGAAUUCAACCCUGUCCAUCCCAUCAUCAUCGUGGGCGAUGACCGCGGCCAUGUCGUUAGCCUCAAGCUCUCGCCCAACCUCCGCAAGAAGCCUAAAGAGAAGAAGGGUCAGGAGUUGCCAAAGGGACCGGAGGUGGAAAUAGCAAAGAUGGAGCAACUAUUGAGCUCGCUGAGAUAACCUGGCAAGAGUCAUUAGAACUGAGGCAAAAUUGUAGUGGGAAGUCCUAGCAGGCCCACUCCUCCACAGUUCAGCCGUGUAGAGAGGGGCACAGAACUGUGCACUAUGCAGUAAGUGUCUCUGAAGAGGGGCUCCUCCUCCACAACCACAUUUACACACAUACAGUUACAUGAAUAAUUCAUUCCCUUCACUUUAAAAACACUGGAAAUGAAGUAUUAUAUCAGAAUAGCAUGACGGUCAAAGUAAUAAAAAUUCUACCAUCAUUUACUCACCCUCAUGUCAUUUUAAACACUGUUUUUUCUUUCAUGGAAAAGAAAAGAUUAUGUUUUGGUAGGGUAUCGGGUGUGGUUUAGCACUGGUCUGCAAUAAAUAUUUCUUGCAUUUUUAGUCUGGUCUGCCUGUUGUCUAACAGUGCUCGUCAAUGUCAAACUGAUUGAGAUGGACAACAGGCCUUACUAAAGUGGCUGCUUUAGUUUUAACAGUGAAAGAGUGCGUAGUAAGAUUUAAGUAGCUAAACAUUUAUUAUUUGUCAACUGUUUUAUGAUAGAAAUGUUAAACUCAUGUGAAACAACAGUAAUAUCCAGUAAUACAAACUACUAAACUUUUUUAAAAUCAAAUUUCGCCAUAUUGAAUUGAAAAAAUGCUCUCAUUUACAUGAUUCAUGUAAUUCAUAACUGAUGGGAAAAGAAACGUUUUGCGUUUUUGACAUAUUAGACAUACGAAUGUGUAUAUAUCGAGCUAUGGUCAUUGAAGGGCUUUUCUGAGGUAAAUGUAGUGUUACAUGGCAUAUUGUUUAGUCUGUUGUAUGGACGCUUUUCCAUGGUUGAAACACUGAUUGAGUGAUUCAUUCAUGUUUAUUUUGUGCUAUAACUAGUAAAAUGGCACACCUUAAUGUGGAGUGACAGAUCGCUGUAGCGCCUCAGUUCAAGCAAAGCGGGACUGUGUGUGAACCACACAUAGUUUGAUAGAAAAAUUAACUCUAAAGAGAAAUAUGCACUAUAUUAUACACUUUUUGUAUUAUGCCUUAACCUGUUUCUAGGUAUUACUGUAAGUUUAAAUAAAAACAUCAUGAAAACAAGUUUUUAUGACAGCCACUAUUUAAAUGUUUAUAUUUAAGAUAAAUUAAUUAAUUAAUUGGAGUAGAAACGUAAUUAACCCUUCGCAGGGAGUUUGAUUGACAGGCGAUCCAACCAAUCAUAACGGCGAAUCCGCCAUUAUGUCCAACAAAGCAGUCAGGGAAGUUAGUAGAUUAACGUCGGUGGACUUGAACCUGAAAAAUAGUGUGUACUGACAUCUUUCCGCGGUUGAAACAACAUUCCUUCUGAUGUUCUUUCAUGUUUAUUUGAUGCUAUAAAUUAAUUAGUAGGAAGAGAUGAUCGGUUCACGAGCCGCUUGAACUACGGCACUACAGCGAUCUGUCACGACACAUUAAAAAGCCACAAAAUGGUAUUUAUUGUUUAAAUUUCUUUAAAAAUUACAAUAUUUGAAAUUUGAGAGUUUGUUUCAUAUCAAAAGUAACCUUCUCUGCCUUGUCUGCCGACGCGUUGUCAGUGUCCUCUUUGCUCCGCGAUGUACCUUUUUCACUGCGUGAGAACAUGAUGUGUGGCGUGAGAGCAGCAUGGCAUGUCGGACAUAGCAACAGUAACUAAAGGGGGUGGGUCUUUGCGAACGGUCAAUUAUCAAGAAACAAUUAACUUAAAAAGAGAAAAAAAAACUGCCUUUGAUGCAAUUUAAAUAAUUGUAAACAAAUCAUUUGUUAGUUUUUACAUCAUUAGUAAAGAGAGACUUUUUUCAUUGAGAAAACUGAUGUACUGUACAUGAUAUAUAUAUAUAUAUAUAUAUAUAUAUAUAUAUAUAUCAAAAUGAAUCAAAACAAGAUCGGAAUUGAAUCAAAUCGCAAGCUUGUGAAUCAACAUUGAGUCAAGUCGAAUCUUGAAAUUUGUGUCAAUACCCAGACAUAUUUAAUGGUGUUAUUAAAUAUUAGUGUGUAUAAAAUAUUAGUGUUUUUAAAGAUUAAGUGAGCUUUAAAUGAAAACAAAGGUAUUCUAAAUGUAAAAUAGGGGAAAUUAGCAUAAACAAAUAAAUAUCCAAUAUAAACCAACAUCUAUAAAUGAAAAAAUCUGUAAUAUAGUCUCACAAUCACUAUGGUACCAAUAUAUUCUGCAUCCCUGUUUUUUUGGAUCCCCUGGUCACUGUAUGCUGUUGUUGUAUGGGGAAUAAGCAUAGUAAGCCUUCAAAAUAUCCUUGUGUUUGACAGAAGAAAAUCAUACAAAUAUGGAAUGACAUGAGGGUCAGUUUUGUCUGAACCAUCCCUUUAAAUGCACACAAAAUAACAGACACACAAACCAACACUGACACAGGUCAUGCUUCCCUUCAUGCCCAAGCGAACCCAUCUCAGAUGGAAGUGUGUCUACAAGGGGACAAUAAAAAGAUUAGAGCAGUCUUCCACAAGGCCCAUUUGCAACUAAACUGGGUCAACAUUCUGUCCAAUGACACAAGGAGAAUAACAGCGUUGUCCCAGGGCAUUUGCCAAUAUCUGCCGUUUUUGACAACAAAAUCACAAAAGUUUCCAACAACAUGUGUAUCAACAACAGAGCUUUACCUUCCCUUUAAUCAUCAGAGAUUCAUUUUGAGAGGCCCGCGAAUCACCUGUCCUCCAUCUCAGCAAAGCUGUAAAGGGAGGGUUGUGUGUGUUUAUAAUGCUAGGAGGAGGCUUUGCUGCCUCACUGUAGGGAAAUAAUGGUGGGAUGCCAGAAGUCUCAUUUUCAGACGAGGAGAAAGGAAAGAGAAGGAGGAGUCAUGCUAAAAACCUGUCAGGGGCGAGUGUAACAUACAGUGUGUAAUUACACAGGCCACAUAAAGAGGCUGUUACAAAUGUGCUUGUCAACCAUACACAAUGAUUUUUACCCGAAACCCACCCUUGACAAGACCCGCAUACACUGCCAGCCAGCAUAUUAAAACCGAGAUGCUUCGAGAGAAUAGCAGUAUUAUUCUGGGUGUCAUUUGAGCGGAAGUGUGUAUGUGUGUGUGUGCUGCCAGUGUGUUAUCCUGAACUCAUUUCUUUCUAGAAGUGGUGGGUGGCUUCCACAAUAACUGUGCAAACCUCCCGAGGGUCUCCUGGCUGAGGUGAUCUCAUUUAUUACCUAAAAUUGCCUCAAGCCACUAAAAGGGCACUUAACCUUUAUUCCUAACCUCCUUUUACACUCUUAUCAUAUACGUUUUUUGUUGAAAUCAAACAAAUUAAGUGGGGUGCUACUUUACAAUGCAAAACAUACUUAUGCAAAAGGAGCAGCACUGUGUGGGAUGCUGGGAAGUGAAAUAGAUAAAGCAUGGCUGUCCUUACACAUGUAUUUUUUCAUUAAUCUGAUUAUUCACACAGCAGUUAUGGGGUCAAUUAAAUUAUCCCUCAAGGUGCAAAUCCAGGGUUCUAGACAAAAAAUGUUCCAUAUAAAUAUCACUUUAUUUAAUGGGAACAUUUCUACCUUUUACAAAUAGAUUUAUAAAACGGUUAGUUCCUGUCCUUGAUUCUGAUUGGUCAAUAGCUGUGUUUUAUUCACGAUAAAACACGGCUAUGACCGCUUCACCCAACAGCUCUGUGUAUCACUACACAACACCCUUAGCAACCACUCUUAGCAACGUAAACUGUAUGUUCUCAACUGAUAUUGUUCAUUGAAGCUUACUGUAUUAUGUAGAAGAGUAUUGUGAGAAAGAGAUCGAUUGAACGAGUUUAUUACCUGCAUUGAGAUUUAGCAUUUUCCUUCAGGUCAGUCCUAUGUUCAUAAUAAAAAAUCUGUUUAAAUAUCCAAUGUAUUAUCUUGUUCUUUUAAUGGUUAAGGGGUUUUCCCAUGACUGACAGCGCUAGUCAAAGCAUUUGUCAGUUGCGUCUUGUUCCGUGUUCACAACAGUUCAGUCUUUUUUAAAUAUAAAAGUCUUCGCUACUGACUGACACAUUCAUAAAGACAGUCUUUGCCUCCAUCUAAUGGCGUGAAAAUGUAACUUCGGUUCCUGUUCACGGUCAGGGACUAUUUUUUCCAGCGGAAGGAAGGCUUUUUGAAAAAGUUAACAACGCCCUUCAGUCGUGACUUAUUCACGAUACAGCACAGCCUCAAGUACCUUAUUGCUUACAUAUAGACAGACAGACAGAUGAAUAAAUGGUGUUUGAUUAUGGUUCUAAGAUAUUGCCCUCUUUAAAGUCCUUACAAUCAUGCUAAUAUAAUUACAUAUGCUAAUCAAUGUUUAUUGGUAUAUAUAAGAAUAAAAAAUAUAUAUCUAUAUCACA